UUUUUUGUUUCUCUUCAAGCUUUUCACCUUCUAAUAAACAACCAACUCUAUUUACUAGCAUGUACAAUAAUCACCAGGGACUGUUCGGUUUCGCACCACAGCAUUCGCUUCUACAGCCAUUACCACCACCAUCACAUCUUUCUCAACGUGGUGGUGGGAUACUUGAAUCAGCAGGGGUUACUACUUCAAGCAGUAACAAUUUAUUACUUCGCUCGACAACGGGAAUUAAAAGUGAACAUUUUUUGAAAAGUGAACAUUCUACUACUGCUAGUCAACUUUUUAAUUGUUGGCCUAAUGUCUCACCGAUGCUGCAAAAUUGUGUUGGACAAUUGGCUAAAGCAAAAUUUGAACUCCCACCACCAAGCAAUCUUCGAAAAUCAAACUUUUUCCAUUUUACCAUCACUUUGAGAGAUCAUGGAGAUCAUCCUGUUGAAGUUGAACAAGCAACAUUUGCUGGUUUUGUUGAAAAAGGAAAAGAAGUGCCCGGUGAAAAUACUCGAAAUGGUAUUCAUUAUAAGUUGGUGCUUCUCUUCAUUAAUGGUGAGGAAAACUUCCCUUUGAAAGCUUUUUAUAAAGAAAAGUAGUUGUUAAAAUGUAUGUAGUUGACCCUAAUCUAAUUAGGCUAAGAGGCUGGUACUAAGUCCACUACUAGUAAAAUUUUGAGAGGAUAAAAAUAAAUUGACUUAAAGGAAAAUAAAAUAAUAGUCAUAUAAGAAAGAUCUGUGAAAAUUUUAUAAAAGAUAAUUUCCAGUAAACAAACAAUAAUAUGUGAAGGG